AUGUCGUCGGACAAGAUUUUCGUAUUCGGCGGACCACAUUUGUCUGGUGAAAACACAACCUUCACAGCUCCAAAGAUGCUAUCUCGCGACGCAUUCGUCGCAGGCUUUGGCGGGAUCUCUCUGGAGAAUAAAGACAGGAUUAUUGUUGGGGUUGACUAUGGCACGACCUUCACAGGUAGAGAUCACCCUUUGGUCCAAAGUUGCGAAAUAACGGUAAUCACAAACUGGCCUGGUCCUUCUCGAGACAUUGAUACCGUCUACAAAACGCCCUCGCGAAUCGCAUAUGCAGCGGAAAAUUCGCGGCUGAAUAAAGACUGCUGGGGCUUCCAGGUAGAGCCCGGCAUGAUAUCAUACGCAUGGACAAAGCUACUGCUCGAUCGGGGAACGCCCUUGACUAAGUACGAUGACUCCGCGCUAGAGAAGGCGUCAAAUGUCGGUAUAAUGCAGCUGCCAGAGAAUAAAUCUCCCGAAGACCUCGUUGGCGAAUAUCUCGCCAAAGUUUAUGAGCAUAUCCUCAAGAUUAUUGGCAAAAGUAUUACGGAGGAGACGCUGCAAGUUACGCCAAUCGAAUUCUGGUUCACUGUACCGGCAAUCUGGUCUGAUCGGGCACAGCGCGCUACAAGAGAUGCCGCGCGGAGAGCAGGUUUUGCGGGAACAUUGCACCGGCCGUCUGACAGACUCUUCUUGAUCACCGAGCCUGAGGCGGCUGCAAUUGCUGUGCUGAGCAAAUACGCCAGUAGCAAACUGGGAGGCGCGGUGAAGCCUGGAGACGGGGUGCUUGUUUGCGACUGUGGAGGUGGCACUGUGGAUAUUACCACAUAUCUCGUCAACGACGUCGAGCCGCUGAAGUUUGAAGAAUUGUGCACAGGCAUGGGAGGCAAAUGUGGUUCGACAGCAAUAGAUCGUAACUUCUAUAAGCUCAUGUCAGAGAGGUUUGGCGAAGCUUUUGACAAACUACCAAUGAAGCGCAAGGGCCCCGGAAGUGAAUUCAUGAGGAGGUUCGAGACCCUGAAGAGAGACUUUGGAGUAUCUGAUGAGCAGGACGUCCAUGAACUGCCCCUGAACAUGACCUUAGAUGACCCAGACCCCAAGUAUUUCGAUGAGGAUGAGCGCAUGGUCAUAAUCUCAAGCGAUGAUCUUCGCACGGUUUUUGAUCCUGUUGUGGAUCAAAUCAUCCAGCUGGUAAGAAAGCAAAUCGACGAUGCAAACACCGAGGCUGGGAAGGACAUGAUCAAUAGAAUCAUCCUUGUGGGUGGCUUUGGAGACUCCGAGUACCUACGAAAAGCUUUCAAGUCCACAUUUGCAUCGGAUGGCAAGAUUGCCAUAACUGUCCCUGAGAUCCCACAAGCGGCCAUUGUGCAAGGAGCCGCUCUACGAGGGCUAGAAGGUAUCCGCUCAACCACUAAACGGUGCCGUCGGCAUUACGGCUUUGCGGUUGACACGGAGUUUGUACCUGGAAUGAACAAACUCGAUACGUACUGGGAUGUAUAUAACAAUAGGAAGAUGGUUCGGGGUUUCAUGAAGUGGACUAUCCAGAAAGGCCAAAAAUACGCCGAAAACCACACCGAAUUUUUCCCGCUCAAUUGGAGAAAGUUUUGGGACUCGGAGCUGAGCCCUCGCCUUCCACUUUACGCGUGCGAGCAGACGCUGGCCCCUGGGUGGAAUGAUCACAGAGGUGAUAUUGCAGUUGAUCUGUCCAAUGUUGAUCUGAGCAGAUUCAACUCGAAGCUCAUUGACGACAGGCGCGCGUACGAUAUACAGCUCCAUCUCAAGGUCACUUUUGGUGCUCAGGAAGGACUAUUGAAAUAUGAAGCUAUAAGUCAAGGGAAAACGAUUGGAGUGACAAGUAUUGAUUAUAUAAUACCGGUUCCUGCCUCUGAUUACCCAGCUUCGCCUUGGCGUCAUAGUCCUUUAAUUCACUCCAGGCACUGGCAAGCUUCCAUUGUUGUUGACGAUAUUGACCCUCGACCCGUGCUCAAUGAGCAUCCUGGCGGCAUGUACAACAAUGCAACACGAGCCAGCUGUAGGAUGUUCCUGGUGUCAGAAUACCGUGUACCUGAGUAG